AUGAUGUCCUUUUGCCAUAAUAUAAUUAAUAUCUCCUGUGUGAAAACCAGCUGGUCGAAUGACACCCGUGCUUCCCUGUACAGUUUAAUGGUGCUCAUAAUUCUGACCACAGUGGUUGGCAAUCUAAUAGUUAUUAUUUCUAUAUCACACUUCAAGCAACUUCAUACCCCAACUAAUUGGCUCAUUCAUUCCAUGGCCACUGUGGACUUUCUGCUGGGGUGCCUGGUCAUGCCUUAUAGUAUGGUGAGAUCCGUUGAGCACUGCUGGUAUUUUGGAGAAGUCUUCUGUAAAAUUCACACCAGCACUGAUAUUAUGCUGAGCUCAGCAUCAAUUUUUCAUUUGUCCUUCAUUUCCAUUGACCGCUACUAUGCUGUGUGUGACCCAUUGAGAUACAAAACUAAGAUCAACAUCUUGGUUAUUUUUGUGAUGAUCUUCAUUAGUUGGAGUAUUCCUGCUCUUUUUGCAUUUGGAAUGAUCUUUCUGGAGUUAAACUUCAAAGGAGCUGAAGAAAUGUAUUACAAACACAUUCGCUGCAUAGGGAGUUGCUCUGUCUUCUUCAGCAAAACAUCUGGGGUUCUGGCCUUUAUGACUUCUUUCUAUAUACCUGGCUCUAUUAUGAUAUGCAUCUAUUGUAGAAUAUAUUUCAUAGCGAAAGGGCAGGCAAGAUCAAUUAAUGAUGCAAAUCAGAAGUUUCGAAUUGGGUUGGAAGAGAAAAAUGGAAUUUCACGAAGCAAAGAAAGGAAAGCUACGAAGACUUUAGGGAUUGUGAUGGGAGUUUUCUUAACAUGCUGGUGUCCUUUCUUUGUCUGCACGGUCAUGGAUCCUUUCCUGGACUAUACUAUUCCACCCAUCCUGAACGAUGCAUUGAUUUGGUUUGGCUACUUGAAUUCCACUUUAAAUCCAAUGGUUUAUGCAUUUUUCUAUCCCUGGUUCAGAAGAGCACUGAAGAUGAUUCUAUUCGGUAAAAUUUUCCAAAAAGAUUCAUCUAGAUGUAAAUUAUUUUUAGAAUUAAAUCCAUAG